UAUUUCUAUUUUGAUUUUCUACCUCAACGCGUUUCUUUCUCCUCUGUUCUUCUCCUUUAGAAAUGCCCAGAAGCCAAACAAUAUUUUAACACAAAAUAAUAAUCUAGUUCUACUGCUUGAUCCUUGUUCUUUGGAUUUCUGUUAGUUAAGCCAUGAAAGAUGAUGGUGAGAAAGUAUUCUUCGGAGAUCCCGAGGAGGAUCGGAAGAAGGAAGACGAAGAUCAGGAAGACAAAGUGGAGAAGUUCUUCGAGCUGAUCAGGAAUUUCCGCGAAGCUCGAAAACGUCUCGCGAUCAGACGACAAACGGUGGAGACGGAGACGAUUAGUGGUGAUCAUGAUGAUCAAUUAUUUGUGUCGGAUGAUCAGAAGAAGAAGAAAAAGAAGAUUGACAAGAGUAAUAAGAAGAGGAAGAUCAUGACGGAUAUUAAUUGGGUGACUUCUUCAUCAUAUUUGUUCGAGAAGGAGGAUUUCACUGCUGAUGUUGAGUUCAGAGGAACUCCUUCAAUCUUCCCUGAUCCCUGCAAUGUUACAGACAAACGACGUGUUCAAAAAGAUGGUUUGGACCUUAAUCUCACGCUAUAGAUUGGGAUUCUUCUGCUUCUUGAACAUGUCGUUUCUGUAUUUUUAUAAGAAUAUUAUGUGUUUGUUACUUUUGUUUCUAUCUAGCUCUGUUUUUCCAAGUGUUCUGUAAUUCCCGAGAUCAGUUCCGAAUCAGAAUGUGCACUGCGCUAGAAUUUUAUUUUUUUCUUGUAAAA